AUGGAGCCGCCAUUGACACCGCCGACGAAUGGACAUACAAAUGACCCGCCGCCACCACCACCCGUCGAGCCGGCCGUUUCGUUCGACCCGGAAGUGUUCCGCAGCUAUCUUCUGGCCUUGCUGCCACCGUUAAUUGGUGCGGCACCGGCGGAGCUCGAUUCUCUGUUCGACGACGAGUUCAAUGACCGCGUAACACGAUUCAGCUCGGAAGGUGGUGGGGUCAUAUACGUCGUGAAAGCAAAAGAUGAAGUCGAAGAGGAGGCCGUGCAGACAUACAGUUACCAGCUCACCACGCAAUUAACGUAUCAUCCAUCACAUCUGACGACACUGGCGUUGAUUAAACGCGGGCCGACUCUCGAUCCCAUGGUUCCAUUGGCGACGCAGCUUCACUUUUUGAACCUGUUUGGCGGCGACGAGACGCCGUACGAGAGUCUGCACGCAGUGGUGAGCUGUGGUGUCAAGCCAUGGUUCGAUGCGUUCGUCGGCUCUCGUGGCGGAGGAAAGAACGGUGGCGAGGGCAAGAUGGGUAUACCCAUGACCAAGAAGAAAUUUGCCGAACUCGAACUCUCCCUUCUUCACCUCCAACAAAAUGUAGAAAUACCAGAAACGAAUCUGACAAUACAUCCUGUGAUACAACGUGCCGUCGAGCAGGCACAGGUAGCCGGGAUGCGACCCAAUAUCUCCCACAUACCCGCCAAGAUUCUUAACGAUAGUGGAUUCCUCAACACGUUACACGGACACGUCAAUUCGUGGAUCAAAGCAAUACAAGCCGUUACCAAGCUAUCGAGGGACGUCAACUCGGGGACGGCAUCGCAGGAAAUCAAUUUUUGGCUUAGUCUCGAGCGGGCGUUGGAGGGCAUCGAAGCACAGCUACGGAGCGAGGAAGUGAAUAUGGUUAUGGAAUGUCUACGGAAUGCUAAACGGUUUCGCGCUACUGUGAGUUUUGUUGCUGAUACAGGAUUGAAGGACGCCACGGAUCUAGUACACAAGUAUAACCAGCUAAUGAAAGAUUUCCCUCUGAACGAACUCCUCUCCGCCACUGACCUCGACAAAGUGCAAGAAUCCCUCGUCCUUAUUUUUGGGCACAUUAAUCGCAAACUCCGACUGUCCCCCUAUCCUAUCCGACGGGCCCUCCCCCUCGUCGAGGCCAUCUCCCGAGACUUCAAUGACCAACUGCUACGCAUUCUCACCUCCCACCGUCUACCAUAUACCCCUUACGAAACCUUCGACCGCCUGCUUGCACAGACGAUGAACAUCUUCCGGACCUGGGAUGAUUUGAUGAAAGAGUUCACGAACGUCGCCCGCGAGGUGACGAAGAAACGCUCUGAACGGUUUAUACCGAUCAAGGUGAUACCUGCACAUGCGAAACUUCAGGAGAGAACGCGGUACUUGAGAGACUGGAGAAAGCAACACGAACAGCUGGCGGUCAUGACGGGACCAACGAAGGGUCUUGGUAUGGGCAUGGAGAUAGGAGGAGGGAUGGACAUGGAGGAGGAAGUCAAGGAGGCGUACGAGGUUGUUAAGCGGAUCGACGUGCUGGAUGUCUCCGUUGAGGGCACGGAGAUCUGGGUGGCUGCUGAGAACGCGUAUAAUGAGCGCGUGUCAAGGGUGGAGAACCAGAUAAUUGCGCGGUUAAGAGAUCGACUGGGUACGGCGAGGAAUGCGAAUGAGAUGUUCCGGGUGUUCUCAAAGUUUAAUGCGCUGUUCGUGCGGCCGAAGAUCCGAGGUGCCAUUCAGGAGUACCAGACCCAGUUGAUAGAUUCAGUGAAAGAAGACAUCAAGCAUCUGCACGAUAAGUUCAAAACCCAGUACCGCUAUUCCGAAGCCUACCACAUGUCCCAAAUGCGUGACCUCCCGCCUAUCGCUGGUGCGAUCAUAUGGGCGCGCCAAAUCGAACGGCAACUCCUCACAUACAUGAAACGGGUAGAAGACGUACUCGGUAAGGGCUGGGAGCUCUACGCCGAAGGACAAAAGCUCCAGUCUGAGAGCAGCGCGUUUCGCAAGAAACUGGACACCCGACCUGUGUUUGAUGCGUGGCUGCAGGAUAUCAACCGGCGGAAUCUGGGUGUCGAUGGACGGCUAUUUGAGAUUGUGCGACUGCGCGGGACGGGUGGUGGUGGCGGUGGUGGGGCGUUCGCGUACCAACUGGCGGUGAACUUUGAUCCUCAGAUCAUUACGCUCUUCAAGGAGGUGCGGAACUUGCUGUGGUUGGGUUUCCAAAUCCCACAUUCGACCACGAAUAUGGCGAAGGAUGCGAAGAGGGUGUAUCCGCGUGCCGUGAGCUUGAUGGAGACUGUAAGGACGUACGGUCAGACGCUUGAUUUGGUGGAGAGGAAUGGGGGGAUUGAGUGGUUGGUUGCGGAGUACCGGAAUGAGGCGCAGCGAAUGAUCAAUAAGGGGAUGAAUAUUCGGUGGGACUACUUUGUGACUCAGUACGACACGGGACGGUAUGUCACUGGCAGCGAUGGUCGUGACAACCGACAGAUGCAGUUCGUUCGAGAGUUCGCCAGUGUUAUUUCGGUGCUGCAGGACAAGACGAAUAAUGUCAUUGACCUAUACAAAGAUAUCCUGCGCUCCAUCGAAGACUUGGGUACGUGCUCGUAUACCAACGAGGCGUUUUCUGAGCUUCUGAGCCGGAUACAGGCUGCUAUUGACCGACUGAACUUGGAAGGCUAUGCAAACCUGGACCACUGGGUUGCUGAGGUCGACAAGUCAAUCGAGAAGAUCCUUCUACAGCGGUUGACGCAAGUUAUACAUGUCUGGUGUCAAGAAUUUGACCGGACGGAUGAUGGAGAUACGCGGAGGGAAGCUUUGCCCCUGCGGGAUAUUACGAACAAACGCCGGGGUGAUAAGCGUAUAAAGGAGGAGAAGUUUUUGGAGGCCAACAUGACUCUGAAGCCUCUGGUGCAUGAAAUACGUAUACAGAAUCAGGUCAUCUUCUUGGACCCGCCGAUAGAGCACGCCCGCGCUUCGUGGAUCCACCAGUUGCAUCAAUGGCUAGGUGUCGUCUGUCGACUACGGCGAAUACAAAGCUCACGAUAUGAGAUUGGUCUGCAAAUGCAAGGAGGCACCGUGUCCGAAACGACAUAUACGUCACUGCUCACCCAGCUGCAUAAAGAUAGCCUAGAACGACCUUUUACGCUCAUCGAAGCCAAGGUUCAGCAACUGAAGGAUUAUGUGGCGAAGUGGCUUCAGUUUCAGUCGCUAUGGGACCUGGAAGCGGAAUACGUGUUCAGUCGGCUGGGAGACUCGCUAGCGCACUGGCAGCAGCUGCUGACGGAGAUCAAGAAGGCGCGCUCGACGUUCGAUACGUCCGAUACUCAGAAGAGCUUUGGGGUGUGUGUCGUUGAUUACGAGCAGGUGCAGGCGCGGGUGAACGCGAAGUAUGAUUCGUGGCAGAAGGAUAUCCUCAGUCGGUUUGGAGCGAAGCUUGGUAAUGCGAUGAAGGAGAUGCAUGCGGCGAUUCUGAAAGCGAGGAAUGAUUUGGAGCAUCAUUCGAUAGAAGGACUCGUUGGUGGCGGUGGCCCGGGGGCGAGAAGGUUCUGA